AGUAUUUUGUUGUCAUGCAUUGAUGAUUGAGUGAUGAUUGUGGAUGGUGCCCUAGGUUUGGAGAGAGAGAGAGAGAGAGAGAGAGAAUCCAUUUCUACUUCAAUAAUUGACUAAGUUUGGAAAAGAGUUCCAGCCGGACAAAGAGAAAAUGGGGAAAUUAUGGUGAUUUGCGGUUAUAACAAUUUGUGAUUUCAAAAGACGUAUAUAUUAUUUUCCUUAUACUCGGCCUGCUCACUAAUUAGUUUGAUAGUCAUUUUUACCAUGUUGUGUCCGACAUAUACAUGUACGUGGAAGGAAGAUGAACUAUUAAAGUCAAGUCUUCACGACUAUGUUUUGCAAAAUUUAUCUAGAUCUGAAAUCUUGGAUUACAUGAAACGCGACUUCGAUCAGUACACAUGGUGCCUUCCAACUCUUAGCCGUCGGCUAGCCUACUUCGGUAUAAAAUAUGUCAACUAUCAGGUUGGAAUAGACCAUGUUGUAGCUGCCAUUGAAGAAGAACUGCAAGGUCCAGGGAAACUACUUGGAUAUAGACUGCUGCAUAAAAAAAUCCGAGUUAACCAUAAAUUAGCAGUUCCAAGGCAGCUCGUAUACGAUAUUUUAACUUCAAACCAUGAUGAUCUGCUUGAGAAAAGAGCACCGAAAAUAAAAAGAAGAAAAAGGGGCGGUAUUGGAACAUUUACGUCAUUGGGUCCAAACCAUACAUACUCUGCAGAUGGUCAUGACAAGUUAAUGGGGUUUCAGAGGAACAUGUUCCCAUUUGCUAUAUAUGGUGUCCAAGAUGUUUACAGCUGUAAGCUUUUGUAUGUUAAAGUAGGAAAAACAAAUAAAAAUCCCAAGAUUAUUGGGAAAUGGUAUCAUGAAUUCAUUAGCAGAACUGGAGUGAUAAGUCAGAUUUUGCGCCUGGACAAAGGAUCAGAAAACGGUCACAUGGCAACUAUCCAUGCCUAUUUGCAGAGUACUGAAUUUGAAAAUCCAGAAGAUUCUGUUAUAUUUGGAUCUUCAACAUCCAACAAGAUAGAAAGAUGGUGGCGUGAACUUCACUCUCGUCUUGUUAAGUACUUUAAGGAAAAAUUCCAGUAUUUAUUCGAUCAGGGUUAUUACAACCCUGAUGAGAUUACAGACAGAGAAAUACUUGCACUAGUUUAUUUACCACUGGUUCAAGAGGAAAUCAAUAAGUUUGUAGAACUCUGGAAUAACCAUCGCAUGAGGAAACAAAACAGUGAUCUGCCCAAAGGAAUUCCCAACCACCUGUAUGACUUUCCAGAAACAUAUGGCUCUACUGAAUGUGGAUCAAGAGUGUCUGAAGCAGAGUUAGAGGAUGUAAAAAACUUAGCUGAUGUAUUAGAUGAUGGCGCUUUUGUUGACAAAGAGUUAGAAAGGCGAAGCAAGGAACUAUUGCCCAAUCUAUCAGAAUUGGAAUUAACUGAUGCUCUUGAAGCUUAUUUGUAUCUGAAAUCAUCAAUGUCAAAUUAUAGGUUAUUCAUUGAGGUGUUACAUUCAUCAGUUCCAAUGAAUAUAACCAAAACUCCACUGUUCUUGAUAUUGCAAUCAUUAUUUUGAAGACCCUGGCUAGGAUGAUUCUUAUUUUAGAUUAGACUUAUUUUAGGUUAGCUUGCUUUGCCGACACCAGUAUGCAUAGCCCAACUUGUAGACAUGGUUUUUGUAGCGUACAUGUAAAAUUCAGUUACAAUUCAAAUAAAGAAUAACAUGACUAUGUAGUGAAUUUUGUUAUAUCUACAAGCAAUUGGUUGGACAUUAUUAGUCAGGAGUCCUAGAAUUCAGUCAUCCACUAAGAAAUGAAUAGAUGCAAUGAAAUGAAAGGUGGUUCAAUGUCCUACUCCGACUGGGCUAAUGAAGAUGGGCAUAUGCCAUACAGUGUGCCUUUAGAUCUUAAGGUAUGCCAUUGAGUUAAGUGACUUGGUUUCAAUCCCACACAGGGGGGUUGGAUGGCUGAAUGUUUAGCCCGUGCGCUAUAUCACAAGGUCUGUCAUUGAGUGAACUGGUGUGGUUUUGAAUUGCCGGAGUAGGGUAGUUUUUCCAACCUCAUGGGUUUUUUCUCUGGGUCCUCCGACUGCUAAAAACCCCUAAGUGCAAGCAAAGUAUUGAAAUAAAAUUAAAACCAUAUGUUAGUCCCGAAAUGACCUAGUUUGUGCCGAGGGUGAUUGGAUGUUAAACCCCAAUUCUCUCUCUCUCUCAAUCGCACACAAACUA